AUGAUGGGGGGGAUCUGCUCCCAGCUGGCUGCGCUGCUCCUUCUCCUUGUGCUGCUGUCCCCAGCACAUGGUGCUGAGAAGAGUCAAGACCAGCCAGUGUUCAGCCGUAUCAUCGGGGAGCAGGAUGCACAGGAGAGUCGAUGGCCCUGGCAGGUCAGUGUGCAGGAAUAUGAUGAUGAAAAAUGUGAAUACCACCACAUCUGUGUAGGAUCCCUCAUCUCAGCCCAGUGGGUGGUGUCAGCAGCUCACUUCUUCAAUCGCUAUCGCAAAGAAUCUGAGUAUUGCAUGAACCUGGGGGAGUACCAGCUCCCCAACCCCUCCCCGACCUGCAUCUCGUCCCUCAUGAGUCACUUCAUCAGACAUCCCGACUACAACCAGAGCAUGUACUUCGCUGACAUUGCUCUGAUGCAGCUGACGGAACUUGUUAACUUCACAGACACCAUCUGCCCCAUCUCCCUGGCCAGCGCCUCCACCCAGUUCCUAGCCGGGGAAAAGUGCUGGGUCACUGGUUGGGGCAAAAUUGGGUCAGAAGGCUCCAUCCCCGACUCUCUCAUUCCAGGUGCACUUCAGGCAUCCCGGACGCUUCAGGAGCUGCAGGUUCCGCUCGUCCAUGUGUUGACCUGCAGAGAACACUUUGGGGAACACAGCCACUGGAUCAAAGAUGACAUGCUGUGCGCUGUCCGAGGUGACCCUAGUGACCCCUGCAAGUGUGACUCCGGGGGGCCUCUGGUCUGUCCAGGGAAUGGCAGCUUCGUCCUGACUGGGAUCAUCAGCUGGGGCAGAGACUCCUCACCCCUACUCCCCAAGGACAUAGACGUCCGGGUCCCAGUCUAUGUCAACUGGAUCCCAAAUGUCACGGGUGGCGCUGGCCUCUCGAUCGUCUCUCCUACCGCACUCAGUGCCGGUACCACCCCAUUGGGGUGCCUAAGCAAUGGCUUAGUCUGCUUGUGCAUAGCGCUGGCUCUGGUUGCACCGCUCCUUGCUGGGCUCCUGCUGACGGCCCUGUGA